AUGGUUGGGGACAGAGUUCGGGUGAAGGCCUCAGUUGUGGAACCAAAACACAAUUGGGGAAAUGCCACUCACAACAGUGUGGGUGUGGUUAAAGUGUUCACCCAGAACAGCCUGAUGCUGGUGGACUUCCCUGGUGAAUCAAAUUGGAAGGCUGACCCUGUGGAGAUGGAGUACAUAGGUUUCAUAGUCGGGGACAGAGUCAGAGUGAAGGCCUCAGUUCAGAGUCCGAAGCAAGGGUGGGGAAAAGUCACUCAUAGCAGUGUGGGCGUGGUCAAAGCUUUCACUCCUGAUGGGCGGAUGCUAGUGGACUUCCCCGGACAGCCUAAAUGGAGGGCAGAUCCCUCUGAGAUGGAGUUGCGAGGUUUUGUGGUUGGUGAUAGGGUCCAGGUGAAGGCCUCAGUUAAAGAACCGAAAUACAAGUGGGGAGAACUCACUCACCGCAGUGUGGGUGUGGUCAAAGCUUUUCAGACCAAUGGCAUCAUGCUGGUAGACUUUCCUGGCAUCCCAAGGUGGAGGGCAGACCCAAAUGAGAUGGACCUUCAAGACUCUGAUGAUGAGGAAGAUGAUGAUACCAGUGGAGAAGAUAAGCAGGAUGAUGAUGAUGAUGACGAAGAAGUUGAAGGAGAGGAUGGAAGCAAAGGUUUCUCGGUGGGAGACAAAGUUCGGGUGAAGGCCUCAGUGCAACAGCCGAAAUACAAAUGGGGAAAUGUCACUCGCAGGAGUGUGGGCGUGGUCAAAGCAUUCAUCAAGAAAGGCGUAAUGCUGGUAAACUUCAGAGAGGACUCAAGCUGGAGAGCUGACCCUGCGGACAUGGAGCUGGCCCUCUGAGGCGCUGGACUGAGGGACUGGAAUGAACUGGUCAUGAACGAGAUCAAAGACUCCAUUACAUGCACUUCAUCAAUAUGUCCCUAAUUAUGAUGGAUGGAUUGAUAGAUGGAUGGUUGGACGAAUACACAUACAGUAUUUUUA